AUGCCCGAAAGAGGCUGGAUACCUGACAGCUGUAAUUUCCACAAACACAUGCCCCUCUGGCUUCAGUUGGCAAGUAAUAUCAUUGAAAAGUCGAUAUUAAUCGAUAGGUGGAAAGUGGAAUAUGGCAGGGUGGAAUUCAUUGUACGGUCUUUGGAUCUGAUCGUAAAGACAACACUCGUGUUUUGUUUCCGACGAGCGAAGCGCAUGGUGGGAUUGAGAAGGUACGGUUACGGAUUCUCAUCCCAAAGAAGAGCUGUGCUAGGAUUCUCCCAAUUGGCAAUACACCCAGAAAAGGAAAUAAAACCAAACCAACUACUGUCAUAUCUGCCUAGUGUGAGGCUUGCAGACGUGUUUUCUUGCAUCGACGGUGAUUGCCUUUCCUCAUCCAUGAAUUUGAGAAUUGGAGAGCUGAAAGAUAUCCUCGGAACCUGCGCGAUGCUUUUCAAGUUGCCGAUGACGAAUAGAACCAUGAAAUGCCUUUCGAAUUUAUUUGGGUCUUUUACUGAUUUGGCCAACUGUGAACACAACCAUUUCGUGCUUCCGUUUGCUCCGUACGGUUUAUUUUGGGUGAAGUUUAGAACUCGUGGUGGUCUCUUAGAUGGUGUGCGCGGCAUCUUCACACCAGCCGGGCUCCAAGGGAAAAGACGAGUUCCAAUGCCAAAGUCGAACGAUAAUUAUGGCCCAUCUGGUCUCUCCCUAUUGCCUAUUAGUGUCUUAUUCAUAGUUGAUAUACGUAAGAAAUAUGGCAAUAAGCACAAAAUUAUGGCCAGUUGCUAUAGGAAAAGGGUCCAAGUUUCCAGCUUUAAGGACAUUCUGACCACUCCAAUAUGUAACUGUCGCGAUACAAAAUGGUACUUCGUCUGCUACGAAUUUAUUUCCGUGUGCUACGAGUUCAUCUCUGAGUACAACAUAUAUUCAAGUAUUCAUAUAAUGGCAGCACCUCUGUCUCACCGCUUCCGUCAAAGGCAAUUCAUUAAUAGUUUAAAUAUGGACUUGAGAUAA